AGAGAACAUUUGACUAAUAAGAUGUGAUAGUCAAAUAAGCACAAAAGAAGACAAUGCAAUUAGAGUGUAUGGAUUUGUAUUGGUGUAAUAGAGCAAAUGCAGGAAAACUAUGAAAUAAAAUCAAACUAAAUACUAACUAUUUAGAGACAAUUUAUCAGUAUCAAUGAACAAGAACACAAUGAAGACUAAUCCACAUGGGACCAUUUUUUUAAUUCAUCUUUAUUGUGUUAUUAUUUCAUGGUUUUCCUGCGUUUGCUCUAUCUAUUCCACUCGAUGUGUAUCUGACUAUUACACUUAAUAGUCCAAUUUUGUUUCAAGUGCUUAAUGACCUCGCACUAAAUGAUGGGUCAUUGUGGCAGAAAACGUGAAUACUCUCUCUCCUUUGGUACUGGAACUAUUUYACUCUUGUCUUAAUCUUGUAGACACAAUACAUUGUAGAGCAAAUACGUCCAUUUUCUAGCAGUAAAGUUGUUUACCUAAUGGCUCUAGUUCAAAUACAUGUGCUAAUUUAUGGAUGCCACAGAACAACUGAAAUCAUUUCAUGACAAGAGUUAUUUUUGUURGGACUUUGUAUGUGAGGCUGUAUAAUGUCUAAACUUCUGCCCUCCAAGCUUUUCCUAGUCUGUUUUGCACUCAUCAGUUGUCUAGGGUUUCUAACCAAGGAAAUASAAGCAGCAAAGAACAGUUUUUAUGAGCCUAGGUUACUGUCCAUAGAACCUGCGCCCAUUUUAGGUGACUGUCCUUGCUCCAAAGUUGAAUGUAAUGGUCCAAAUGGUGUAAAAGGCGAUAAAGGCGCAAGUGGUCCUCAWGGSCCAAAAGGUGAUCAAGGGCURGAAGGUCCAAGRGGWCAGGAAGGCAAAAAGGGAGAUCCAGGCGUACGAGGURUUYCUGGAUCUCCUGGAAAACCAGGCUCUCCUGGAAAGGAUGGCGCUGAUGGGAGGAAAGGCGAGCUUGGAGCUAGUGGACYUAAGGGGGAUGAAGGACUACGCGGUCUUGCAGGACCAUCAGGUCAUAAAGGGGAAAGAGGAGCCAUUGGUCCAGUUGGUCCCCAAGGAAGAGAAGGUCCCAAAGGCGAUAUUGGGGUCAAAGGUGAUAAAGGAAUCCCUGGACAUAACGGACAACAAGGUCCACAGGGACCUAAAGGCCCUAAAGGUCCUCAUGGUGUUACAGGACCCCAAGGGCCAAAAGGGUCAAUUGGUCCCAGAGGGCCGACAGGAAUUAAAGGGUCAAUGGGAUCUAAAGGUGAUCAAGGACUUCAAGGAGCGUCUGGUGCUGAUGGACCGCGUGGACUCCCUGGCUUACAAGGUGAUCGCGGCCYAAAGGGAGCUGAGGGUAGCUGCUCUUCUCAGUGUGCAGAUAUGAAAAAGGAAAURCUUAAAGAAAUUGAAAAACUAAGGGCAGAAAUCAGCGUUUUGAAACCAACAACAUUUCCACCACCAACUGGUCCUCUUGGCUCCAUCACCAAUCCDGCAUUAUCAUGCAAACAUAUCAAGGACAGCAACUAUCAUGUCCGAAGUGGUGCUUACUACGUGUUAACAGACACACCAGGCCGUAAAAGUCGUGUUUAUUGCCAUAUGGAAAACCUGGGGAAGUGCGGUGGAGGUGGAUGGACUUCUGUUAUGAAACUCGAUGGAAACAAGAAAACAUUUACUUACUCGUCACCAUUGUGGUCCAAUAAAAAGGAAUACCAGCCCUAUUAUGGAACUUCAGCAUUUGGACGCCACGAGACCAAACUCGCAACCUACUGGUCCGCACCCUUUAAUCAUGUCUGUGUGGGCAUGCGUACUGCGCGCUACUCGAUCCAAUUCUUACGCAUUCGCUUUCGCGCAAAAUCACUAUUUGAUGUGAUUGCCGAUGGAAAAUACAAGAAGUUUCACUUUGGUAGAGAUGCAUGGAAAGGGCUUGUAAAGGAUGGAUCAUUGCAGAAGCAUUGCAACAAGGAGGGUUUUAAUAUCGAUAUCAAAUUCAGCCACAUAGUGGCUGCACGUGCAAGGAUUGGUAUUGUAUCCAAUCAGGAGAACGAUUGUUGGUCAUGUGACUCACGCAUUGGUUUUGGGAUGGAUGGUGUUCUCUGUGGUCAAGACAAGAGCAAUAGCUGCGGCAAUGAGGCUCGUUGCUCACCCGAUAAUGGUGACCGUAGUAUUAAGACUUUGGGAUAUAUAUUUGUACAGUAAUCUUUUCAGCUCAUAUAAUAGUGGAUUUUCAAAUAAUCUUAUGCACUGGACUUAUGCUUUACUUGGGAAGGUCAAUUCAGCUUGAAGAAAUGAAAACUGAGUUACUUUCUGAUUAUUGAAACAUGACAAACCCACAUUCCGUAAUAAUGCAAUCUUCCUUGUGAGGAUUAAAUUUCCGUUUUUAUUAAUAAUAGUAUUGUACU